AUGAAAAGUAUUGUAUUUCUUCUGAUUUUACUUGUGAUCUCAAGUGAAAUAACAUUUGAUGUGAAAGGUGGACCGGAUGAAGGAGGUCCACAUGCUGAUUCUGUAAGUUAUGAACUUAAUCUUAAAUCAAAUUUGAUGUACUGUCAAUAUUCAAUAAAGUUUUCAAUGAAUGAAAAAACAUGGAAUCAUAAAACGAUAAAAGAUACAAAUAGAAUGAAUUCGAAACUGUGUUUCUCAAUCAUUCAUUUUCAUUCUAUUUUAAGCGGGCAAUUAUAUAGAAACAUAAUUAUCUCAUUUUAUCUUCACUAUCUGUCACCCAUUUCAGUGAAAUAA